AUUCAAGGAGUGGUCUAACAGCGGGUUUUCCCGCGACAGAGAGUGGCUAAUUCUGCGAAGGGGCUCAAAGGGAUUCCGGGGAACUGACUCGGCGCGAACUGCCCGGAAUAGCCCAGGCUCCGCGCCCACUCAAUUUCCGCACCUUCCCGCAUCCGCAUCCGGUCUUGAGGCCACGCUGGUGCACAUGCGCACACACGCCGACUUGUUCCCCAACUGAGGUGGGGUCUACGAGGCGGAGCUGAGCUGAGCUGCCUGGGCUAUGAGGUCAUUCCUGGAGGCGUGGCGUGUACGACCCCGCCUUUCGAUGUUCCUCCCCCAAUGAGACCAGAGCCAGAUCCUGGCUGUCUACGUUUCAGUGUUAACGGUUGCGGCGCGAACCCAGAUCCCGGCGCACGCGCACACGCGCCUGGGGCGGUGGUUGGAGGCUACGGGCGCACAGGGUUCGGGGAGCUGGCUGGCGGGCGCGGCGAUGGGCGAGGCGGAUGCGGGGACGCCUUCUUUCGAGAUGACCUGGAGCAGCACUACAAGCAGUGGCUACUGCAGCCAGGAGGACUCGGACUCGGAGCUCGAGCAGUACUUCACGGCGCGUACCUCGCUGGCACGCAGGCCGCGUCGGGACCAGGACGAGCCUGUGGAGUGGGAGACCCCUGACCUUUCUCAGGCUGAGACUGAGCAGAAGAUCAAGGAGUACAAUAGCCAGAUCAACAGCAACCUCUUCAUGAGCCUGAACAAGGAUGGCUCCUACACAGGCUUCAUCAAGGUUCAACUGAAGCUGGUGCGCCCUGUCUCGGUGCCCUCUAGCAAGAAGCCACCCUCCUUGCAGGAUGCCCAGCGGGGCCCAGGACGAGGCACAGCUGUGAGGCGCCGCACCUCCUUCUACCUGCCCAAGGAUGCCGUCAAGCACCUGCAUGUGUUGUCACGCACACGGGCACGCGAGGUCAUUGAGGCCCUACUGCGCAAGUUCUUAGUGGUGGAUGACCCUCGCAAGUUUGCACUCUUUGAGCGGGCUGAGCGCCAUGGCCAAGUGUACCUCCGGAAGCUGUCAGAUGAUGAGCAACCCCUGCGGCUGCGGCUCCUUGCAGGGCCCAGCGAGAAGGCCCUAAGCUUUGUCCUCAAGGAGAAUGACUCUGGGGAGGUAAAUGUACCUGGGGAACAUCUAAUUUGGUUGCCUGUCUUCGAGGUGUCUUCAGCUGCCCUACUUUGUGGGGCCCAUCUUCUAUACAGAUCAUUGUCAAGAUUCCUAGCAGAGACCAUUCAGUGGGAUGCCUUUAGCAUGCCUGAGCUACACAACUUCCUGCGCAUCCUGCAGCGGGAGGAAGAGGAACACCUCCGCCAAAUCCUGCAAAAGUACUCCUAUUGCCGUCAGAAGAUCCAGGAAGCCUUGCACGCCUGUCCCCUGGGGUGACCUCUUGUACCCCUGGGUGAAAGGAGGAGAGUAGGCAGUGCCGAGGGCGUGCCGUGUGAGUGUGACAGGGCCCAUGUGGCCUGAAGAAUGAGUGUGCAUGGAGGCCCUCUCUGACUGGCGGAAUGAGCCCAGAGAACAGCAAAGGAGCUGGCCCCCUGUGUCCACCCACAGAGCAUGGCUCUGCAUUCUUCUGCCCUUUGUGCAGUGGGCCAUGGUGGGCCAGGGUUGCCCUGGGAAGCUGCUCCAGGCUUGCAGCAGGGAUAGAGCAGACAGAAGUCUCCUUACUUCGUGUCUCAGAUACUAGAAUCUUGGAGACCCUACAAACAGAAUAGGGUCAUGUUUUCAGGGAUGAAAUCUAUGGGCCUUCAUCUAUGGGGAAAAGUCGUAUGUUUUGGGUCUUGGAUGGGGUGUCAGGACAGCCGUAUUGGAGCCAAAGGCAGGUGUUCAAGGUAAGGCAGGCAUCAGGAAAGAGCCUAAGUUUCCCUCUACAGUGGCCUCUGUCUCAUACACACUGGGGUCAGGAAAUGCUGGCUCAUGGUGCAGCAACAGUGCCUCAGUACCUCCUCCAAGGAGGAUGUCCCUAGGCCAGGGUCUGUAUGAGUGUGGGCACUGGUCCAGGUCCGUGCCUUCUUUGCUAGAGCGAGGGUCUUUCCCUCAGUUAUUUUUGAUGAUGUGUGCGAAUGUAUGUAAUAUUUGUGGCCUCAGCUGCAUGCCUCCUGUGGGGAAGGGGGUGGGGGUGACAAUCAUCAUCAGGGCCUGGGGCCUGAGAAAAG